UGAUAAAACCAACUGAUAUUAUACUCAUUUGUAAAAAGCCCUAUACAUUUUCGUUUAUAUUCUGAGCACUGUUUCGGUCGUUGGGGAAAACAUUCUUAAUAAAUAUUUGAAUGUGAAUUAAUUUCAGUUUACAGGAAUAUUAUUUUGGAUGAAUAAAGCUGAGUCAUAAAUCAAAAUUAGACGUUAGAAAAAAACUGCAGUUUGUUGUUCCUGAGAUAAAACAGUAAAAUAGUAAUUCUAGAAUCACCCUCAUUCCUCAAAAUUCAAAUAGUUAUGAGAGCAAGGUUUUCACCGUAUGGAUUGGUAGUGUUACUUCUCGUGGCUGGAGCCAACUGUUCAGAGAAAAAGAAGCGGACGCCCCUGGUGUUGAGUCAGUUCUACGAUGCUCUCGCAUCGACAACCACGCCCUCUUCAUCCGCAGGUGGGCAAUGGCCCUGGUUUGAGGUCCUCCCAUCACCCUCAUCCCCCAUAUCGGAUUUCAAACGCAGGGACGCUGGGCAAGAACCACAGAAGAAAGAGCGACAACUGGACACGCUAGGAGGCAUUUACCUCAAUGACCACAGGCCGCCAAGAGGUGCUGACUCCGACAUGUAUUACUCAGACGAUGGGGAGUUCGAAGGUGGACGAUCGGAGGAGGACAUGGCAAAGCGUUCUCUGGACACUCUUGGAAACAUGCAGUUACACGGAUACAAGCGGGCUCUGGAUACACUUGGCGCCAUGCAGCUUCACGGCUACAAACGCUCCCUAGACACUCUUGGUGAUAUGCAACUGCACGGAUAUAAGAGGGCAUUCGACACAUUAGGUAAUAUGCAGCUUCAUAGCUACAAGAGGAGAUUUGAUACACUUGGUGGCGCUAAUUUGCAUGGAGGCUAUAAACGGUUCCUGUCGUCCCUUGGAGGCACUGAAGUCCAUAAUUAUAAAAGAGCCAUUGAUAGCUUAGGUGGGACAUAUUUGCAUGGCUAUAAAAGAUUGUCACCGCUAGGAGGAACCAACGUCCACGCAGGAUUUGCGAAGCGGUUUCUGUCGUCUUUGGGGGGAACUUACGUACCGUCGGACAAACGAUCAUUCGACAGUCUUGGGGGCGUAAAUUUGCAUGAUGGCUAUAAACGGUUUCUAAGUUCACUUGGAGGGACUAACAUCCACGACGGAGGUAUGAAAAGGACUCUCUCCUCUCUUGGAGGGAUGAAUCUACAUGGAGGGUUUAAGCGGACAUUGGAUCCCUUAAGUGGAAUGGAUGUCUAUAAUUACAACCAAGGCGCCGAUAGCUCAAAUGAAGAUGAUACUGACAACAACACGGAAAAUGAGUAUGGAAUUAUGCGAGUAAAACGAAGUGAUCAUGUAAAUCCGGAGAGUGCAAUACAAUCUGAGGACAUGCAGGAGAAAAACUAGAUUCCAUUGAUGGACUCUUUAUGUUCUUGUGUCAUUCCAUUAAUUUCUCAUUUUGUAGAUGACGCCUGGAAGUAAUAAUUGAAGUGUGUAACUGAUGCCUUCAUAUUUGUUACGUAAUAUCAGACAUGUUACUUGAAACGAAAACAAACAAUUUCAAAACAUGACAAAUUGUGAAAACUCUGAAACGGAGCAGAUUACAUGGGCAUAAUUGUUUAAAUGAUUGAGAGUGCGGAAUACCAUUGGGGGAAAAAGCAACUAUGAGUGUUGCGUUUUAUGACUUUUGGGGAUUAUAUAAUACCUUUUUAGCGGGCAUUAGAAGCCGUUGAUAGUACUGCACAUACCAUUAGUGUCCGUAAAAACUCCCAAAUAAAUCGGGGCUGAUGUAUACAUACCGGGGGCUGGCCUACGACAAGCAUUAUAUUGAUUAUAUUGAAUACCCCCCCCACACACACACACACCCCUGCACACACUGUCAGGUGUGUCCCGUUACAUAACUUGUAUUAAUCUUCGAUAACGCUUAACGGCUAUGCUUAUAUUUAUCUUUAGUCUUCUUGCUUUUUCAUUAAUGAAUAUGGAAUACAUUAGGUGAAAUUGUAAUGCAAAACAACUCUUUGGCCAGUUGUGUGCUCUUUUUUAAUAAUGUUUCGUUGCAAUAAGUAUAUAUUCUGACGUGAGGAUGUAGUUGAUGUUUUGUUCCUAUAAAAGCUGUUCGUACUCUUAGACAUUGAAAGCAAACACAGUCGUGCAUGAUAUUGUAAGUAAAACGUUAACCUUUCUAAUGACAGUAACUCCAAUCGGAGAUCGUUAUUUUCUUACAUUUGGAAUAUUUUGACCAAAACAUGUCAAAAGAUUCUAUCUGCUUAUUUAUCUAAUGUCACUUAGAACCUUUUGCUUUCUCUCUUUGUGCAUAACAAAAUACUAAUUCUCGAAACAAACACCACCUAUAAAGUGCUACUCAAUUAGUUAUUCCAUGUAAAAAUGGUAUUCCAAGCAUGUGUGUUGUCUGAUCCUUGUCAUUCGGUGGUUGUCCAGUCAAUUCUCUAUGGAUAUUACAAUUUAUGAACAAAUUAAGACCUAUGUUUUGGAACUGGGACUAUUUUGGGCAAAAAUAUUUUUGUUUCCAAUAACAUCUCGAACAAAAAAGGACCUAUAUCAUGGUAUAUAAUAAUAAUAAUAAUAAUAAUAAUAAUAAUAAUAAUAAUAAUAAUAACAAUAAUAACAACUUUAUUUAUAUCGAUACUGUAUAUUUUUUUUAAUAUUAAAUGGUCAAAUUUAACAUGUUUACUCAAAAAAACAUAUUGUUUAGGAAAUUACACUACGGCAAAAAGUGUAGGGUCGGGAGAAAACAAUAGGGUCGAUCGGCUAAGUGGAAUAGCAUGUUUUACACCUAAGAAGUUAAUAUUCAAACUCAGUAACCAUGUAACUUAAAAGUAGUAUCAAUAGAGAACGUACUUUGCCAUUUUCUCGUUCUCCGUGUUCUGUUUUAUGUUUUCGUUUACAUUACAUUUAUUUCAGUCAGAUUUAGACAAUAUCUUCAUAGAUCAAAAACCAUGUCUGAACAUUUUGAAUACGCAAUAAAUCUUACUUGAAGCGAUUUCUGUGAUUUGAGCAUUAACUCUCUGCAAAACAGACCUGUAACUUUUGACAAUCACAUAACAAACUGUAUUUUCAUUGCAACAUUUGAUGGUCUUAAAGAAUUAUUAAAAGUCUGAAACC